GCUGUCAUCUCCAGAGACCAUAAGGUGCCUCCCACCUUGGAGAAUAACAAUCUCUGAUGUCUACCAAUUACAGAAGCAUUUCCAAGGCUCAACUCUCAUUCAUCCUGCCGAUGACUAGGGAAGGUGGGUGUUGAUAUUCUCAUUUUAGAGAUGGGGAAACUGAGGCUUAGAGCUGCUAAGUGACUCGAGGGCAUAUAGUUAAUAAAGGGCAGAAAUGGCCUGCUGUCUGUCCACUUCCAAAAUCCAGGGCUCUUUCUACACCACCUUGGAGCUACUGCCCUGCACCCCUCCCCAGAGUAGACUAGAAAGAUGAGAGAAUAUGGGAGGGAGUUAGAAGCCCAGGGCUGGGGUAUAGUCUCCAACCUGAAUUUGAGAUCCUUCUCUUUCACUUGCUCCCCUCAUACCCCUUUAAUUUGUGAAUACUGGCCUCUUGCUGCAGCAGCAGGGCAUGGAGGAGGGAGGGCCCACGGAAUUGGCCAGGCCAGGGGCCAUGAGUGUCCCUUCCCCUUAAGGCCCUCCUCCUCUUUCCACCUUCCCCCUCAAAUUGUUCAGGACCACUGACAAGAGUGUAAGCAGGAACUGGAAAGUAACUGACCCUGGAAUGAGCCAGCCAUUUGCUCCGAGUUGACCUAAUUUAACCCUUUCAUCUGCCAAGGUCACCAGGUCCUCAGCUGGCAAAAAAGAGAAAACUCUCCAAAGGCCAGAUACGAGGAAGCACAAGUCCGGAAAGGAACAAUAGAAACCCUGGGGCCUCAUAAGACAGGAAGUUGAUUCACAAGACAACCUACCUGUCACAAAAGUCCAGGAUGUCCAAAAGGUGACAUACUUGGAAAAAAAUCCACCCUACAGAUUGAGAUGGUGGGGAUACUUACCUGCUUCAAUUUACCAGGAAGAUAUAACCAUUCUACAGUUGCACGUACCGGAUAACAUAGCUUCAAAAAAUUAUAAAGCAGCUUUUACGUCAGAGCCUGGGGGUGGGGGAUGCAUGUGAGGUCAUCGCACAGGAUGGCUGGCAGGAUCAGGCGAUUUGAACGAGACAAAGGUGCAACCAUAGCCGAGCGCAAGCAGUGGACAUGGUCCUGUUAAGACCGAAGAUGGUAGUGAACGUAUACUGGACCUCAGUGACUGGUGAUAACCUAAGUCGACAUGACAUGCUGGCGUGGAUCAAGGGGUGUCUGCAGUUGAAUCUGACAAAAGUUGAACAGUUGUGCUCAGGGGCUGCCUGUUGUCAGUUGGACAUGCUGUUCCCUGGCUCAAUUGCCUUGAAGAAAGCAAAAUUCCAAGCAAAGUUAGAACAUGAAUGAAUCCAGAACUUCAAAAUGUUACAAGCAGGUUUUAAGAGAAUGGGCGUUGACAAAAUAAUUCCUGUGGACAAAUUAGUAAAAGGAAAUUUUUGGGACAAUUUUGAGUUCAUUCGGUGGUUCAAGGAGUUUUUUGAUGCAAACCCUGAUAGAAAAGACUAUGAAACUGUAGUUGCUGGACAAGGUCAAGAAACAGCAGUGGCUCCUUCCCUUGGUGCUCCAGCUUGGAAAAAAACAAAGGAACCACUUAGCUCUAGCAGGUCAGCUGCACGGAGGCCCGUAUCAACCCAGGGAACUCCUGCAGCAUCUGAGGCUGGCCCAAGGAUGGGCAAUAAAGAUGGUGAAGUAGCUGAACUGAUGCAGCAGGUCAAUGUGUUGAAACUUACUGUCAAAGUCUUGGAGAAAGGGAGAGAGUUCUGCUUUGGGAAGCUAAGGAGAGUUGAAUUGAUUUGCCAGGAGAAGGAGGGGUCGCAUGACCGUGUUGCAGAGGACUGUGGGCAUACUCUAUACCACAGAUGAAGGCUUUGUGACACCUGAUGAAGGGCCCAGGGGAGGAACAAGAAGAGUACAAAGCAUCAUCCGAAUCCUUCACUCCAAAUCAUGGGCUUAACUGCAAACUUCCCCCUUGUGUUAUUCUUAGAGGACUCACUGGUUUCUUUUCAUUAGCAAAAAGUGCUUCUUCUUAAAAAGUGCACUUUGCAGAAGUUUCACUCCUUUUCCAUGAAGUAUGAAUUAGGAGCCCUUCCCUUGUAGCUGGGCAGUGUUAACAGCUGGUUGGUUCACCUGGGGAGCAAAGAGGCUGACCUUGGGGCUCUGGAAAUGUGUGGCUGCUGGAAACGCUGAUUGCUGGAGAAGGUGUUUUUAUGUCAUAUAUCAAAGUGGAGACCUCAUGAGAGAAAUGGAAAGACUGAAUGGAACUUUAAGGUAAUGCGAAAUCUUGGCAAAGAACAUUUUAAUAAAUAAAUGAUUUAAGAGUCUUUAAAAUAGGCUUCCAUAUUUCAAAAUAUAAAAUGGAAAAUGACAGAUUUUAGGUGUUUGAUGUGUUUAGGAAGGAAAGGCCAGACCUUGGAACCUUUGGAACCUGCUGUUCAUGAAGCUUUCCAGGACUUGAAUCCUUGUAGGCCUAGACAUUGGCCCGAAAGGAUAGUUGCUCUGUAAAGCCGUUUGGUGUCACUGGCCAAUUGCAUCCCUGCGAAAAAAGCAAGAGGCAUUGUUGCUGGAUGAAUAUAGGGUGUGUUUCAGCCCUGCGAUAUUUGAGUUAAAGAGCUCAAUUUUCAUUGAGCAUUUCUCUGACGAUUUUUCCAAUUAUCCCCUGAAUUUCUGUGUAUUAAUGUUUUUUUUUAGGGGAAACGAGGUAUGUCCAGUUUUAUCAUAUAAAAACUACUUUGAGGGGCUUGCCCACAUCUCUAAGAUUCAAAUGGGAGUUGUGGAUCCCAUUUUACUGUCUUUUAAGUUUACAUUUAAUAUGUUUCUCUUCUCUACUCCCCUUGCCCACUGGGGGCUCCUCUUUGGCUCCCUCAAGUUUGCUGCUUAGAGUGGAAAUAUAGCAGGCAGGUGAUCAUGCUACAAGUUCUUUCUGGACCUCUGGCAAAGGGAGAGAUCAGUGAAGGCCAUUGCUCCCUUGGAUCUGCAAGGCUGGGGUGUUUUCAGUACCUGCUGUCCACAGCUCCCCACUGCUAUCAGAACACUUUGUCAGCACACUAAUGUCUUUGGAGAUAAAUUCAUUAGUGUACCACUAAAUGUUAAUUUUCUUUUGCAGAAAAUACAGUACCAUGACUGGUUUAAUUAUUACCAUUUAAAAUAUUUCAUUCCUUAAUUCUCCCUUAUUUGCUUUAGCCUGUGGCCUAUUCAGUCCCUUUGGCAGAAUUCUGCAAAAUGUAUGUCCCCCUCUGCUGAGAUUGUUCAGCCCCAGAUGUAUUUGUAUUGAUUUGUUUCUGGUGAUAGUGAUACCAAUCAAAAGCAAUGGGUUCUCUGAGAUGAGAUCAGGCAGAGAUCAAAUGGCCUAUGGUCUAAAAUCUGU